UCCGCGCCUGCUAGUCCCGAUCACGCACGUUGUCUGUCAUGGAGCUUCUGGGAGAGACUCGUCUUGCGGACCCGCUUCUGCUGCUUCCUGGGGGCUUCUGGACGGCUGUGAAUGUGUGGCUGGAGAAGCCCCAGGUAGCAAACAAGCGGCUGUGCGGCGCCCGCUUGGAGGAAGUUCGGAGGGUAGCCCGGCCUCGGCACGGAACAGACGGGAAGGGGACUGGCUCUGACGCUCGGCGGUCGGUGCUUGAGGCUGCCUGGGAAGCCUUCUGUUGCUCCGAGGACUGCAAGGCACUCGGUCUCAUAGGCCCCGAGGAAGAAGGGGAGAUGGAGGUGGUACUCAGGACCCUCGUGCCCAAAGGCAGCCCUUCCACGCCAGAGAAGGAGAUGGUGGUAAAAGGUGACUUGACGGAGGAAAGCUCCCGGGCGGCUUUCCUGUUCCGCCUUCAGGCUCUCCAGAAUGUCUCUAAUGGGAUUGUAACCUUUUUGCCAUUGGAACACGUGCAUGAAUGCAGAUACGAGGUCAAGAGGUGCAAUAUUUAUCAAAUUCGACUUAGACACAUACAAGACAAUGAAUGGUCUGUGUCAAUUUUAUCAUCAUCUCCGGAAAACUGUAUUUCAGAUGGAAUUGUAUAUCCUAAAACAGUGUGGCUUGGAAGAGAACUGCUGUCUAAGCUGGCUAAAUGGUCCACUGAAACUGUGAAACAGGAAUUUAAGAGUACAUUGUCUCUUAUUUCUGUGGCAAGAUACAGCAAAAAGUAUCAAGAUCUAAAGGAAAAAUACAAGGAAAUUGUAAAGGUUUGGCCUGAAGUAACAGAUCCUGAAAAGUUUGUAUAUGAAGAUGUUGCUAUAGCUGCAUAUCUAUUGAUCCUUUGGGAAGAUGAAAGAACUGAGAGAAGUCUAUCCAAGAAGCAGUGUUUUAUGGAUCUUGGUUGUGGAAAUGGUCUCCUAGUUCAUAUAUUAAGCAAUGAAGGGCAUCCAGGAAAAGGGAUCGAUAUCAGGAGAAGAAAAAUAUGGGACAUGUAUGGCCCACAGACAUGCUUGGAGGAAAAUGUAGUCAGACCAAACAGUCUGUAUCCAGAUGUUGACUGGUUAAUUGGAAAUCAUUCUGAUGAACUGACACCAUGGAUCCCUGUAAUUGCAGCCAGGUCUUCCUAUUCUUGUCGCUAUUUUCUAUUGCCUUGCUGUUUCUUUGAUUUCCAUGGCAAGUACAACCGAAGACAGAGUAAAAAGACACAGUACAGAGAAUAUCUUGACUUUGUUACAGAAGUAGGAUUAGUAUGUGGAUUUAAUGUGGAAGAAGAUUGCCUUAGAAUUCCUUCAACAAAAAGGGUAUGCUUAAUUGGGAAGUCUAGAUCCUAUUUAGCAACGCAAGACAGUACAGUUGAUGAACAGCGAGCACGGUACAUCAGUAGCCGUCAAUCCUGCAGAACAGUAGCAGCAGCAGAUAAAAUGGAUGAGCAGUAUCAGAAUGACAGCUACUCAACUGUUAGUGAUGUUUCUGGCACAAAAGCAGAUAAAGAAGUAUCUCAGAAGACAGAUAUGGAAAAUGUCUUAAUAUCUGGAUUUCUGCCCAGGGGGAAAGAACAAGUGAGAAACUGUACUGCUCUCCCUCAGAAAUUUGUAGAGAAAGUAGUUUUGAAGGUAGCAAAGCUGUUGUUAUGUGAAGUUGAAGAGAAUCCACAUGGGAAUUCAAGCACAUGGAGAAGAGGAGUGAGUCUUUCCUUGAGUGAUCUUGCUGAACAAUUAGACAAAGAUACUUUAAAAACUUUGAAGAAUGAAUAUGGAGGACUGCAGACUUUGCUUAGAAACAAUCAUCAAGUGUUUGAAGUUUUAAAUGGGAAGGUACGUAUCCGUGACUGGAGAGAAUGGAAGCCACCAAGGAGAAGCAAGUCAGGAAAGCAGGUGAAACGAAGCCUUCCUUCUAAAGCCUUUAAAACACGCCUGUGUUGGUUUUACCUUCAUCAUCCACAUGGUUGCCCUCUGACUUCAGAAUCCUGUUGCUUUGCUCAUGGGACUGAGGAGCUGAAGCCAUCACUAACUAUGCCGAAGAAAAAUAAUGCCAAGCAAUAAGGAAUUUCUAGCUGGACUUGUUAAAUGCAUUUCUGUUUUAGUAUCAUGUGCAGUUAUUAGAAGCACACAUCUUAAUGGUGAGAUCUACAUUCUGUCCCAGUUAAUGGAACAAUGAAAUCCUUUCUGUGGUUGCUGUGUAGGAGAAUAAUGAUUGUGAAAUCUGUUCUUGGAACUUCCAGAGUUUAGUUGUUAGUACCUAACAUAACAGUAGUGCAUUUCUAGAUUAAAUUCUAUAUUAAAAUUCAAUCACCACCACCACCUUCAUCCAUGUUCUCAGAAUAAUUUUGAAUAUAUAGUUUUUUCCCCUUUUUUCCCUUUGCUAAGCGUACAAAUAUGUACAUUUCUCAGGACAUCUUUCAGAUAAUUCUGUCUCUGAAAUCAUGUAAUCACUGGGGCAAGUAUUACAUGACUUUGCAGUACAUCACAGCUUGACAUUCCUAUUGUUUUAGUGAUUUCUCCCUUCAUGUUGAGUAAGCCAGCUAGAAUGAGGAAGGCUCUGCCUCCAGAACCAGGAGACAGUCUCUUUUCUGUGAGUUCCAGAGGAGGCAAUGCCUUUCCCUGUGGCCCUAGACUGAUUUCCUGUGCCUCGAGAUGAGCAGCAAGCUCUUGCUCUGCCACAAGUCAGGCACUCAUGCAAACUUUCCAUGGCUUAACUGUAGAACUGGUACUACAUAUACCAUUUUAUAUUUUAUUAAAAGGGAAGAGAGAGCUUUUGCUUCAUAAACUCUGAAUAUGCAAUGGUAAUAAUAGAGGCACAGAUCUUAGCUCUUCCGAGUGAUUUCCUAAAACUCACUUAAUACAAAUAUUCUCCAUUAUCUUGUCACUGAUUUCCAUUUAAUGCAGUGCUAACAGCAACUCAUGUUGCAGAAAUCAGUAUUUGUCAUACAGGACAGGCCAAAUAUUAGAGGGUUGUUGGUAGCCCGCAAUGUGAUGGAUGUCCUAGUGUGGCUACAGGUUUAUACUUUAAGCCAAGGAGGAAAUUGUAAUAGGAAGAUCUGUAAUCCUAAAUCCAGUGCUUAAGCUUCUAGCUUAGUCUUUGAGCCAUCCUGUUUGGGAUAAAGUUGUGUAGGGGACGGAUGAGAACAGACAACUACCAAGUGUCUAUAGGGAUAGGAAAACAGAAAAGUAUAUAAAGGCAAAUGUAAUAUAUUAUUGCUGUGGGGAAAUAUCCAUUAAUAGAUACUUGUUCUCUAGAUCUGAGAGUGAGUUGCUGGGCUGUACUUGGCCUAAGAAUCAUGCUCUUUGGACAACCUUAACCUCAAACAUGUAUUUGCACUAUAGAGAUUGAGUAAUUUAGAGAUCUGGGUCUUACUCUACCUCUUUCAGAAGUAAUAAACAUUUUGCUGUUGAGUUUGA